CAAAUGUCUGAAGUCUAGACCUUUUUCUGGAUCUGGGAAGUCUGAAUUGUUUGGAGUGAAGUGUGGGGCAAAAUCUGAGGUUUUGGGGAGUUGGGUUUAGCUCAGAGGACCGGUAGAUGUGAAGUCUUCUCCGUGAGUUUUGAUAGAUGGUGGUGGUUUCCAUUGACUUGGUAGUUUAGAGUGGAGGAGGUUUGCUAAAGCUAUGGGAUCUACCAACAUCAUGAAUUAUGAAGGAGACUUCAAUUUGGAAGAUAGGUUGUUGAUUGAUCCUAAGCUGCUCUUCGUUGGACCAAAGAUUGGUGAAGGUGCUCAUGCCAAAGUUUAUGAGGGAAAGUAUAAGAAUCAAACUGUCGCAAUUAAAGUAGUUCAUAGAGGGGAAACACCAGAGGAGAUUGCCAAGAGAGAAUCACGGUUUGCAAGAGAGAUUGCAAUGUUGUCCAGAGUGCAGCACAAGAACCUGGUCAAGUUCCUUGGUGCUUGCAAAGAACCAGUCAUGGUGAUAGUAACUGAGCUUCUGCUAGGUGGGACGCUACGAAAGUACUUGCUGAACAUGCGGCCAAGGUGCUUGGAGAAGCAUGUUGCAAUUGGUUUCGCUCUCGAUAUUGCUCGUGCGAUGGAGUGCUUACACUCCCAUGGGAUCAUCCACCGUGAUCUUAAACCCGGUAUGUUAAAAUCACUUGCUGGUUGUGGUGGUUUUCUCCUGUCCUUGAAUCUCUGUAGUUUGUCAACUAUCAGCUGUUCUGCUUGUGCGCAAAUGGUCCUCGAGUGAAAUAACUUAAAUAUGCCUCUCUCAGCUGGUUUUUAUAGCUCUGCCUGGCCCUUUUAGCUCUUCUCUACUGAAUAAUUUUGUGAGUUACUAUUGGAAAUGGCCUCAGCGUACAAGAUAUGGGCUAGGUAUUUCUGGUUUAGUCUACUAGUUCUGCCCAAGAAGGAAUUCCCUGGCUUUGAAUUUGAAGUCUUAGUACGUUGCUGCUUUUUCAUACUUGUUAGUUCUGAUCCCACAAUUCUUUCUGUAGACAACUUGCUGUUGACAGCAGACCACAGAACAGUAAAACUUGCAGAUUUUGGUUUAGCAAGAGAAGAGUCAUUAACCGAGAUGAUGACUGCCGAAACAGGAACAUAUAGAUGGAUGGCCCCUGAGCUUUACAGCACGGUAACAUUAAGGCAUGGUGAGAAAAAGCACUAUAAUCACAAGGUGGAUGCUUAUAGUUUUGCAAUCGUAUUGUGGGAGCUUGUCCAUAACAAGUUACCUUUCGAAGGCAUGUCCAAUCUACAGGCAGCUUAUGCUGCUGCUUUCAAGAACGUUAGACCCAGUGCCGACGACCUCCCCGAGGAGCUGGCCUUAAUAGUCACCUCAUGUUGGCAAGAGGAUGCAAAUGCCAGGCCAAACUUCUCCGAAAUCAUACAGAUGCUCCACCGAUACCUCACCACCGUAUCGCCAGCAGCACCUGUGAUCCCAGCUCGGAUGUAUUCAUCCGAGAACAAAGUCCUGGCCCCCGAUUCACCGGGCGAGAGCUCUCUAAUGGCUGCAAGAGAUGACCCAGGUGACACCCCCAAAACCCAGAAUGGAGAAGAAGAUGACAAGCCUAGUAGAGGCUUCUUCUUCUGCUGUUAAUGAUAUCGUGAAAUGAAAUCGCUCCAAAAAAGGCGCAACAUUUGAAGUCAUUUUGGAGUACAAAAAAAAAAAGGUUUACAUCUUUGAUGACAGGAUUAUAAACCCCAAAAACAAACUUAGUUGUAGCAGCAGCAAUGGAGAAAGGGAGCUCUGGAAUGGUAGUCAUGGUGGAGAUCCCACUUUUUCCUUAAAAGUGAAUAUUAGCAGUUCUUUUUUGUCUGUUCUUCUGACUCAGAAAUAUUUUAUAUCAUAACAUCCUCUCAUGUCUGUAAAAGUGAUGAAAGGAAGCAUAGUUUUGGGAUCAGGGAGGUGGAGGGGUUGCACUUUACUGGUGCCUGGUAGUGAUGGUGGUAGUGGGGAGAGUGAUGUAUGAUUAUUAUUAACUCAAUUA